CAAAGGAUGAAGAGGGGGCACUGACAGGUCAUCCCAGAAACCCAACCCAUGUUGCACCAUUUUCUGGGGGACUCCCCAAUGUUUUGGGGGACACUAAGGGGAAAAAGCUCAUUGAGGAACCCUCCAUGCCAGAACCCCUUCCAGCGCCUCGCAUCACCAACAACAUCCUGGGGGAAGAGCUCACUGAGGAACCCUCUGUGACAGAACCCCUUCCAGAACCUCGCAUGACCAAUGACAUCCUGGGGGAAGUGCUCAUUGAGGAACCCUCCGUGCCAGAAUCCCUUCCAGCACCUCGCAUCACCAACAACAUCCUGGGGGAAGAGCUCACUGAGGAACCCUCCAUGCCAGAACCCCUUCCAGCAACUCACAUCACCAAUGACAUCCUGGGGGAAGAGCUCACUGAGAAACCCUCCGUGCCAGAAACUCUUCCAGCAACUCACAUCAUCAAAGACAUCCUGGGGGAAGCGCUCACUGAGGAAUCCUCCAUGCCAGAACCUCUUCCAGGAACUCACAUCACAAAUGACAUCCUGAAGGAAGAGCUCACUGAGGAACCCUACAUGCCAGAACCUCUUCCAGCAACUCACAUCACAAAUGGCAUCCUGGGGGAAGAGCUCACUGAGGAACCUUCCAUGCCAAAACCACUUCCAGCAACUCACAUCACCGAGGACAUCCUGGGGGAAGAGCUCAAUGAGGAACCCUCCAUGACAGAACCCCUUCCAGCACCACGCAUGACCAAUGACAUCCUGGGGGAAGCGCUCAUUGAGGAACCCUCCAUGCCAGAACCUCUUCCAGUACCUCACAUGACCAAUGACAUCCUGGGGGAAGCGCUCAUUGAGGGAUCCUCCAUGCCAGAACCACUUCCAGCACCUCGCAUCACCAACGACAUCCUGGGGGAAGAGCUCACUGAGGAACCCUCCAUGCCAGAACCCCCUCCAGCACCUCGCAUGACCAAUGACAUCCUGGGGGAAGAGCUCACUGAGGAACCCUCCAUGCCAGAACCCCCUCCAGCACCUUGCAUGACCAAUGACAUCCUGGGGGAAGCGCUCACUGAGGAAUCCUCCAUGCCAGAACCUCUUCCAGCACCUCGUCUCACCAACAACAUCCUGGGGGAAGAGCUCACUGAGGAACCCUUCAUGCCAGAACCACUUCCAGCACCUCGUAUCACCAACGACAUCCUUGGCGAAGAGCUCACUGAGGAACCCUCCAUGCCAGAACCCCCUCUAGCACCUCGCAUGACCAAUGACAUCCUGGGGGAAGCGCUCAUUGAGGAACGCUCCAUGCCAGAACCCCUUCCAGCACCUCGUAUCACCAAUGACAUUCUGGGGGAAGAGCUCACUGAGGAAUCCUCCAUGCCAGCACCCCGUCCAGCACCUCACAUCACCAACAUCCUGGGGGAAGCGCUCAUUGAGGAACCCUCCAUGCCAGAACCCCUUCCAGCACCUUGCAUCACCAACGACAUCCUGGGUGAAUUGCUCAUUGAGGAAACCUUGAUGCCAGGGCCCCUUCCAACACUUUGUAUCACCAAUGACCUACUGGGGAAAGUGCUUAUUGAGGAUACCUCAGUGCCAGGUCCUUCCAUCCUCACAGACACUCCAAAGGAAGCAGCUUCUGUUUCAGAGCCCUUACUAGAGCCUUCCAUUGCUGAUAAUUAUCUUCAGCAAGAAGUAGAACUCCUCAAACGGUUACAGCAUGACUAUGUCCAGCAGCAACUGAGGGUUCGCCGCAUUUCCCAACAGUUCCCUCGUUCUCUCCGGGCCAUCAACCUGCAAAUUGGACACAUGCGGACAAGGCUCAUCCGCAGUGAAGUUCGGCUGCAGCGGUGGGAAAGGGAAGAUGUUCCUGCAGGCCCUGCUGCACUUCUCCAGCCCUCUGGGUCUGAUUCAUCAUUGUCCUCUGCCUCCCUUGAGGUUGCCUCCAUCCCACCCUCCACCUCCACCUCUUCCCUCCUCCUGCAUCCCUCUCCACCACCUCCUCCUUCCCCACCUCCUCUGGAGCCGGACCUCAGCAAUGUGAAAGAAACUCUGCAGAGUUUGGUAGAGAUACAGGUCCAUCAGCUGCGUGACCGCCAAAGAGACCUCCACAGCUGCCAGGAAUGCUUACAAAGCUUCAAGGCACUGAGGGGACAAUUGAGGCAGCUAAGGAACAGACUGGCCAGGGUAGAAGCCACUAUGGGGAUCAUGGUUCCUCCAAGGGAGCUGGACGUUGCUGAGGAAGAAGGGGAAGGCAAAUUAAAAGAGACAACUGUGCUACUAUUUACAUAAGUAGCAAUAAAAUGCUGUGUAUAUAUUUUUUAAAAAUUAAAUAUUUGUUUUAAUAGGAUGUAGAGAUAGAACAGCAAUAAAACUUGCAUAUUUAUUGUUUAAAAAAAUAAAAUGUUUUAUUUUAA